GCAGAUCUGUUGCUUGCUUCUAUGAUGUUUGAUCAUUUGCCUGAACAAAAAAUAAAUAAAAAACGCCUGGAGAAUCUUGAACGUUUGAAGAAGAAACAGAAAUUGAAAAUUUCUAAAAACAAACAAAAGAAGUCUGCACAACUAGCCGCAAGGAAACAAGCUAAAGAGACGAGGGAAUCGCUUUUUGAAAAACUUCAACUUUAUCAAUUGGAUCAGGAAUGUGCGAAACUACUUAAUUCUAUAUCUGCAAAAAGUUCCGCUGAUUCAGAAAUAGCGAAAGAGCAGUCGUGUUUUCCUAAGAGAUUGCGGUGCGUAUCUGAAAAACAAACUAAAAAUGGAGAGGCAACGCAAAAUGACUACAUAGAAACUGAUGAAAGCAGCUCUGAAGAAUCUGAGAAUGAACAAACCAUUCAACAGGAUAUAGUUGAGUUAUCAACAAGUUCAAAAGAUAUGGAUGAGAAAUCUGAUGUAAUUCUUACACAAGAGAACGCACUUGAGAUUGGACAAAUGAAUAAUGAAAAAUUACAAAUUAGCGAGGAAUUUUUACAGAAGGAGCAAAAGAGCAAACUAAAUAGAAAACUUUUUUAUGAAAUCCUUUCUCGUAUAAAAGGGACACAUAUUUUUGUACAACGAGCCGAGUGUAUUCAGGAAAUGCGUCAUAGGCUUCCUAUUAUUUGUGAAGAACAACCAAUUGUCGAAGCAAUAAAUGAGAAUCCUGUUGUUGUUAUUUGUGGAGAAACUGGUUCUGGGAAGACGACGCAAGUGCCACAAUUUCUUUAUGAAGCUGGAUAUACAUCUAAUGGACAUCUUAUUGGCAUAACUGAGCCAAGAAGGAUUGCCGCAAUUAGCAUGGCAAGUCGUGUAGGUGACGAGUUGGGAAUGUCUGAAAUUUCAUCCUAUCAAAUUAGAUAUGAAGGGAAUAAAACAGAUUUGACGAAGAUAUUAUUCAUGACUGACGGGGUUUUACUCAAGGAAUUACAAGCAGAUUGCACACUUUCUCGUUAUUCUGUUAUUAUCAUUGACGAAGCGCAUGAGCGUUCAAUAUACAGCGACGUACUAAUUGGUCUCCUUUCUAGAAUUUGUAUAGCCAGACUUAGAAAGCAAUACCCGUUGAAAUUGGUAAUUAUGUCUGCGACACUCAGGCUCGACGAUUUUCUACAAAAUAGAUUGUUUCCACAUAUUCACCCGAAGGUUAUAAAAGUUGAUUCUCGACAGUUUCCGGUCGCUAUAUAUUUUGAACGCAGGACUCCGGAAAAUUAUAUAGAAGCAGCUUUUAAGAAGAUAUGUAAAAUCCAUGAACAAUAUCCGCCUGGAGAUAUACUUGUGUUUUUGAGUGGACAACGCGAAGUAAACUAUUUAAUUAAGCUUCUUAUGAGAAGGUUUCCUACAAAAGAACACGGAAACACAAAACCUAAGAGUAGUACGAAAAGGAAGAAGCAGCAAAGAAUACCCGAUGAAGUUGUAGACUAUGAUGAAUUUUCCUUUUUUGAUAUGGACGAUGAUUGUAUGGAUUUUGACGAAGUUUCUAUGGAUGGCGACUCGUCAGAUUUAUCAGAGAACAAAUUCCCUCCCAUGCAUUGUUUACCUCUUUAUUCAAUGCUUCCAAAACACUUGCAAAAAAAAGUUUUUGAAGAGCAUUCUAACAGAGAUGAUAAUGCAAGGUUUAGCUUAACGAAAAAAUAA